GUAACAUCUAAGCAAGAUUUCGCCAAGAACUUCUCACUGACACCUCUUCCGUCUCAACUGGGAACCCAUUCGGACAUAGUCGACCCUCUGAGAAACAGACAGCAAUAAAGAGGAAGCAAGAGGUACUUGUGCCUACGAGCCAUCACCUGCCAGCCCCUUUGGAAUCAGGACUCCAAGAAAUGCAGCUCUCCGCAGAGUUCAGCGGUCAGCCCGUGAGGGUGAAAUCAGAACCACCUGAUGUAGCAUCAUGCCUACCAGAAGAGGGCCAGGUACAUCAACAGCACUGCAAAGAGUAUCCAUCAGGAGGUGAUGCAUAUGGAGUGACAGCUGGGACGUGUGACAUUAAAGAAGAACCUCGAGAGGAAUCCUCGAAGGAACAUCCGGUUACGGAAGUGAAAACGGAGCCUUACAAUGUUGCAAUCUCGACAGAACAGGACCAAAUGGGACACAACUGUCAUUCAACAUCAGAAGUCUUACCAUCUGGGAGUGACGAGAGCCACGUGUCAAAGCGUACUGAUGAGGAGCCAAGCAAGUCCGAUCUCUGCCAGGGCACGAGUCUGGGGUGUCACAGGCGAACAUAUAUAAACGAGAAACCGCACAAGUGUGACCUCUGCCUGGCAGAGUUCAGCUGGAUUGCGCACCUGCGACUUCACAAGCGAGCGCACACUGGCAUGAAGCCACACAAGUGCGACGGCAGCCCGUCAGAGUUCAGCCAGAGCUACCAGCUACAGCAUCACAAGGAGAGAAACUCGGGCGAGAAGCCAUACAAGUGCCAUCUCUGUCCUGCAAAGUACAGCCAUAGUAGGAGCCUGAGAUAUCACAAGCAAACACACACGGGCAAAAAGCCACACAAGUGCGACGUCUGCCCUGCGGAGUUCAUCCGGAACGAUCAACUGCUGCUUCACAAGCGAACGCACACGGACGAGAAGCCAUACAAGUGCGAUGUCUGCCCUGCAGAGUUCAGGCACAGUUCGAGCCUGUCAUAUCACAGGCGGACGCACACGGGCGAGAAGCCCUACAAGUGUGAUGUCUGUCCAGCAGUGUUCAGACAGAGUGGGAACCUAAAGCAGCACAAGAUGGUACACACGGGUGAGAAGCCAUACAAGUGCGAUGUCUGCCCUGCAGUGUUCAGCCAGGGCAGGAACCUACAGCGGCACAAGAGGGUACACACGGGUGAGAAGCCAUACAAGUGUGAUGUCUGUCCAGCGGUGUUCACCCAGAGCGGGAACCUAAAGGAGCACAAGAGGGUACACACGGGUGAGAAGCCAUACAAGUGUGAUGUCUGUCCUGCAGAGUUCAGCCAGAGAAGGAGUCUACAGCUGCACAAGAGCAUACACACUGACAAGAAGUCAUUCAAGUGUGAUGUCUGCCCUGCGGAGUUCAGUCAGAGAGGGCAGUUACAGCAGCACACAUGGAUGCACGCAGGCAAAAAGCCGCACAAGUGCGAUGUCAGCCCUGCGGAGUUCAGCAGGGCCGGGAAUCUACAGCAGCACAUGCGGACGCACACGAGUGAGAAGCAGUACAAGUGCGACCUCUGUCCUGCAGAGUACAGGAACAGCUCGCGCCUGUCAUAUCACAGGUGGACGCACACGGGCGAGAAGCCAUACAAGUGUGAUGUCUGUCCAGCAGUGUUCAGCCAGAGGGGGAACCUAAAGACGCACAAGAGGGUACACAUGGGUGUGAAGCCAUACAAGUGUGAUGUCUGUCCAGCGGUGUUCACCCAGAACAGGAACCUAAAGCUGCACAAGAGGGUACACACAGGUGAGACGCCAUACAAGUGUGAUGUCUGUCCUGCGGAGUUCAACCAGGGCAGGAGCCUAAAGCAGCACAAGAGGGUACACAAGGGCGAGAAGCCAUACAAGUGUGAUGUCUGUCAAGCGGUGUUCAGCCAGAGCGGGAACCUAACGCAGCACAAGAGGGUACACAUGGGUGAGACGCCAUACAAGUGCGAUGUCAGCCCUGCGGAGUUCAGCGGGCAGGAGCCUAAAGCAGCACAAGAGGGUACACAAGGGCGAGAAGCCAUACAAGUGUGAUG